AAAGCAUUCAAAAGGGGCGGGGUGCGGCGCAUGCGCGCUGCGGAACUGCGUGCGUCCUCUGCGGAGCGGGAGCGAUGGGGCUAGGGCAGAAUGGCGCCGUGCGGGUUGAAUGGAUUGCUGCAGUCUCUUUAGCUGCUGGAGCAGCUGCUGUUGGGUAUCUAGCUUACAAAAAAUUUAUCUCUAAAGACAAAUGCUGCAAGGCAAUGGUGAAUCUCCAUAUCCAGAAGGAUAACCCCAAGGUAGUUCACGCAUUUGAUAUGGAAGAUCUGGGAGACAAGGCUGUGUACUGUCGUUGCUGGAGAUCUAAGAAGUUCCCGCUGUGUGAUGGCUCUCACACACAGCACAAUGACGAAACUGGCGACAACGUUGGGCCUCUGAUCAUCAAGAGGAAGGAGGCGUAGGCUGGACAGUAGAAGUUGCAAAAUGAAUGUCUGACAAAUCCUCUGCUUGCUUGUAAUUGGGGGAGAAACCACAAAUUCUUUGUCAUGUCACUGAAGAAUUUCCCAUGUAGUUUAUACAUCAGGCAUGUUUAUUAUUUCUGGGGCUUGUCUUGUUUUAAUCACUACAGUGCAUAAUUUACUGAAUAGUCAUAGUUGGAAUUUUUUGUCCUGUAAUGUGUGUGUACCCUCUCAUUGAAUAUGAAUCUAAACUGACGCACAGAAUGUAUGAGGCCAUUCAGCAGAAGUCAUAUUCAGAAGGUAGAUUUUGUUUCUGAGAGCUUUGCAAGUUAUAUGGCUGGAUAGAGUUCCGCAGUAGCAAGAAAUCGUGGUGCCAAAAUGCAGCUUAACUUGUAAUUAUGCUGCAUUUUCUGCAGAUGCCACAUUUGGCCUAUUACACUACAGUUUUGUGUGGGCUCUGUAAAAGAACACAUUUAAAAUUGCUAAUUAGGAACAGACAUUGUAAAAUACUUAUAGCACGAUGGGGCUGAGGGACAACUUUGCCUUUGAUUUUACAGCAGUGUUGAAACUUGACCCUAUUACCAUGUGGUAUCAUGAAUGUACUACCAGAACUGCAGACCUGUAUUGAGAGCAGGAUUAGGAAGAUCAUCUCUGUGAGAGCUUUCUCAAUAAACAAGUGGAAGGAUAUGAAGUGCUCGGAGUGAUGGGUGAGGGGUUGCAGGGUUGUUUUUACUGCUAGAAAGCCUUAGUUUCCUUUGCAGUCUCUGACAGUGGAGCUCACUUCCCCAGACCACAGGACGGGGGAGGCUAUGCUGAUUUAUUCCAGAAGCUGAAAGAAUAAGUAAAACCCCACCCGCUUCUUCAUUGCUCUGGCUGGUUCCAGAUGAUGCUUCCUGCUGUUGCACAGAGAGCAGGCGCACCUUUCCUUAUUAAGUGGCCUUAGGCUCUACGUGUCUUAAAUGGCUCCUGCCUUCCUGGGCUCACUGCUCUUGUGGAUCAGCUACUUUUACCCAAAGGAACAAACUUGGACAGGCUUUGGUGACAGGUAGAAACAUGGAGAAGAGGAAGGAUGAGAAGGAGGAUCGCGUCCUCCUUUUGUAUGGCACUUCUCUGCCUUAUUUAACAGUUGCAUUAAUGGCCACAUCUCCUUAAUUAGCUUUAGAUUUAUCAACAUACAAAUGGCUACAAAGCAAAACCCAAAGAGUGUGAUGGCGGAGGGCAGUUCUGUAUUAAACCUGGUCUGCAAGCAUAAUUGCAGCUUGUGUAAGAUCGAGCUCUUAAAACAGAGAGAAAGGCUACCUCAAAACUAGAGAAAAUGUCUUCUCAAGAAGUUGAAAUCUUAACCGUAAAGAUUCUUCCAGAUAAUUGGGGCUAUAGGAAUUGUAUUUUUGUUAAGGUCAUGUUUGCUAUAACUGGUUAAGACAAAAAAAAAAAAAAAUCAUUUCCUUAUCCUCAGUGUGAGAAUUUCUGAGGCUGAGGUCUUAGCUGAGCACUUUGAACUUUGGCAGAAGGCAGAGAAAGCAGAAUAGGUAGGCAGCACAGACCUACAGGAAGGAGGGUUUGCAUGUAGAGUACUUGAGUGGAGUCAACUACUGUCUGAGAGACCUGCUCUUGUAAGAAAUUGCAGUCAAAUAUAUUUAGUCUCAUCUUUCUCUCCCUGUAUUGUAAAGGUACCUGUUUUGUUGUUUUUUUUUUUUUUUUUUAACUUGCCCAAGUACUGAUACAUAUGGAAAAUUGUUUUAAUCUCAAAUAUAUUUGGUUUAUCCAAAACCAAGUUCUCUCUGUAUUACUAGAAUGUGGCACUGGAUAUUUCUGUAUUUUUUUCAUAUACACACAUUUGAGCUCAUCUUGAUCUCAAGGUAAUGUUUGAGUUCUCAUAGGUGUGCUGUUUGUUCCGAGGAAGAUUUGUGCUGUAAGUAGUGCUGUAAUCCAGUGCUGCUGUAAUCAUAAACCUGUGUCUGGGUUGGGUUUUCCUUCUGAGACUUCCUGUUAGCAGUAAAGCCUGGCUUCUUUGGAAGGAAUGAAAGUUCACCGAAAACUGCAUUUGUGUUUUAAGAUACAAAGUCCUGAAAUCUCUCAUGGAUCUUCUGAUUCAUAAGACUGUUUCCUGCUGUUGGACAGGAAAACACUUUGUGGUGCUUGAGCAUCAGGAAAGUGGGCUCCGUGAGAAGCUCUUCUUCCUGCAAGGAGAAGAUGCAGAAGCAGAAUCUUUGUUGAUUUACAUCCUGGUGAGUUUGUUUUGGAGAAGCGUCACAUUGAAAAAUGUUGACAUCAAGUGUUUAUGGUUUAUUUUGAUGCACAUACAGUUUUCUGUACUGUACCUAAAAGUUGUGCUACUUGUAUAUGUGAGCUGUUAGAACACAAUAAUGAAAAGAUAAGCCUGAAUUUGAGUAAAUAAAAUUGCCAGUAGUCUUGAAGAGCA